CGCCGCCACUUCCUACCAAUGUUCCACGGCAGCAGCCUGGAGUACAUCGUCCCCUCAUCCAAUCUCCGAGGGAGAGAAAUCGUGGAAUUUCUCAGAGAGCAAUGUUCACACUCUGCUUUGGACGUGCUCCCCUUCAUGAGAAUUAAAACCUUUCAGAACAUCUGCAACCUUAUGUUUGGAGAUGAAACACCUGAAAGUAUUCCACAAGAACCAGAAUUACUUGAACGCAUUGUGAAAAACAUAGUAUGGGGGUUUGAGCUGUGGAGUCGAAGAAUAGCUACACCUUGGCUCUUUUCAAACCGUAUAUUUAAUCUCCUUUACAAGAAAGAUAUUGAAGAGAUAACAGAAGUUCACCAACAUUUCCUAAAAGCCCCUGUUGAGGUAAAUUUCUGA